AUGUCAGAAGCUAUUGAUAAAUUGCGUAAAAAUAGGAAUUCUGUCAAAAUCAACUUAAUUAUAUUUAGUAAAUUUGUAGAUAAUUUUAAUACAGCAGAUGGAUCUGUUACUGAGUUGCAAGCUAGAUUAAAUAAUGCAAAACAUUUAAUACGCGAAUUUGAAGAUAUUCAACGUGAAAUUGAAGCAUCUUUGGAUCAAGUAUCCGAAGAAGAAAUAAAUCACCGCAUAGAAUUCAAUUCAUUGUACUAUUCAACCGUAACAAGUGCCGAACUAAUAAUUAAUAAUUCUAGUUCUACUUGUGAACAUAAUUCUUCUUCAGCACAGCAAUCUACAAAUAUUAUAGGCAUUACUCUUCCUUCUCUUCAUCUUCAAAAAUUCAGCGGAAGUUAUGACCAGUGGUUCUUCUUCCGUGAUUCCUUUGAGGCAAUAAUAAUUCAGAACAAAAAUAUCAGUGACAUACAGAAGUAUCACUAUUUAAAGUCAUGCGUCUCUGGUAGUGCAGAAAAAGUCAUCCAGUCACUAACAGUUAGUAGUUCAAAUUUUAUUGUUGCAUGGAAUCUUCUUCUUGAUAGAUUUGAAAACAAGGAAUUAUUAAUCCACAAUCAUAUUAAAUCAAUGUUCAAUAUAAAACAAAUAAAAGAAAAUUCUUCUUCUUCCUUACGAUAUUUAGUAGAUACAAUUACAAGCAACUUGCGCUCGUUACAGUCUCUUAAGGAACCAGUAGAUAAAUGGGACUCUCUUCUCACUUACAUAGUUUUAGAGAAAUUAGAUGCAGAUAUAGCCCAUGACUGGGAGAAAAACAAAACAAAAAAUUCUUCUUUCCAAGAUUUCAUGACAUUUCUUAGUAAUAAAGCAAAUGUAUUGGAAAAAAUAGAGCAAUCUACAAACCAUGUGAGGCAUUCUAGUGAUAAAUCACAAUGUUCUUCUCAUUCUUCUAACAAGUCAUUCAAAACUCGUUCCUUUGUUACCAAUCAAUCUGCCACAUUUUCAUGUGCUUUCUGUAGAGGUGAUCACAAAAUAUAUACUUGUGAGGAAUUUCUCAAGCUUAAUGUUCAUUCACGCAUAGAGGAAGUCAAAAAACGAUCCUUGUGUUUAAAUUGCUUGCAUGUCGGACAUAUAAGCAGUACAUGUAAGUAUGGAAAAUGCAAACAUUGCAAAAGGAAACAUCAUUCAAUUUUGCACAUAGAAACAUCGGAAGUUUCUAUUCCUUCAACGAGCCAUAUUAAUUCACAAACCUCUCUUUCAAAUUAUACUAAUGUACAAAACAAAGGAGUUUUACUUUCAACAGUUAAAGUUCAAGUUUUUGAUCAACAUAAUAAAGCUCAUAGUUGCAAAGCGAUUCUUGAUAGCGGAAGUCAAUCAAAUUUUGAUGACGCCCCUGUGGAGAAACAUGAAGCAUGCCUACAUCAAAUUCAAAAUAUCCAUGCACAAUUCGACAAUAGCAUGCACGAUAAAUAA